AUGUUCCUGCUGAAUAGAGAUGCGAACCUUCCUGACUUGUUCACCCUGCCUCAUCUGACGUCAACAUGUCUCCCUUCUUCUGCAGUUUACCUGCACGACGUCAACAACACCUGCCUCCACCCAAGUGACCUCCUCAACCAACAGAACUUUCGAGCGUGCAUUUUUCAUGGAAAUUCGAUGAUGGUGCCCUCCUAUUACGAUAAUCUAAUUUUUAUCGAGGUAGCCAGAGCAAGAGAACAAGAUUUGGAGAUAUAUGAGGAAAGAUUGGGGCACAAGCAACCAGACGAACAGCAGAGAGGAACUUCGCUGAAUGCAUCAACAUGCAAUGUAUCCCCUGUAUAUGUUAACGGUACUUGUGUCAACGUUGUCAAGAAAGUUGUCUAUUUGGUGCGAUACAACUCGUACGGUAUUGAAUUGGUGCACAUCAACGUAACUCUGGAUGAUAUCGACAACCAAACAACCUUUCCCUUUUCUCAAAAUCACGUGCUUCUCUUCAGAAAGGAAAAUGAAAGUCUGACGUCUCUUGUCAGGAGCGGCAAUCCUGGUUACGAUGACGACUCCCUAGUCAUUCUGUCAGCUGGAUCUAACGACAUGUAA